AUGGCCAGAUGGCUAUUUCGCUUUUCUCGCUACAUCUUGCCACGUGGUCAUUAUGACAUGUGGCUAUCUGGCCAUGUGGCUACAGUAACGGCUACUGUAGCCACAUGGUUUCCGGAAGUGGCCGAACUUCUGCGUGUGUUUCAGCCGAAAAUCUGUGGGAAGUUUAAUACUUGCAUGCUGUCCCCGACGACACUGUAUACAGCUUACCCUGUGUUCAAGAUAAGUAGAGUGUCAUGUGGAUUUGAAAACCAACCAAUCGAGGUUGCGGUUGGCGUUGUUGGAAGUGAGGGGCAUAAGCGUAAGCGGAGUUACUGUCUAAAGGAGAGAGGAUAUGGAUGGUUGGAGAUCAAGUUGGGUGAGUUCUUCAAUGGAGGUGAAGAUGAUGGGGAAGUGGAAAUGAGUGUUUUGGAGGUGAAGGGUGGGAACUGGAAGGGCGGCCUCAUUGUUCAAGGAAUUGAGAUCAGGCCAAAAGAGUGA